AACAACAUCCUACUGACACACAGUUGCGAAGCGAUCUACCUCCCUCGUAUAGUGGGGUUCAGUUCUUAUAUAAAUACAAUGUGCCCUCAGUGGAUAUCAGUGUAACAUUAUUUGUGUACAGUGUACUAAGAAACAUGAAGACUUUUAUUGCUGUAUUGUUCGUGGCUGCUGCGGUUCUCGCUGAGCCAAGCAAAGAACCAAGCAAAGUGGUCCAGAAGCGAAGUGGCCUAGUUGGGCACUAUGGUGGUCUAUACGGAGGCAGCUUAGGUGGUCAUGGGUAUGGACUAGGCGGAGGGUAUAUCUCAUCUGGAUCUAGUCUCGGCUAUGGAUACGGAGGACUUGGAGGCGGUCUCGGCGGAGGUUUUGGUAGCGGCAUCGGUAGCGGCAUCGGCAUCGGAUCGGGCGCAAUUGUCGGCGCCAACGUUCACACAACCGUAACCAAGCAUGUUGGUGUGCCCGUGCCCGCACCUUACCCAGUAGCUGUUGAUAGACCAGUUGCCGUCCCCGUUAAGGUUGCAGUGCCUGUCCCAGUAGACCGACCCUACGCCGUUCCAGUGCCCAGGCCCUACCCAGUGGCUGUAGAGAAGCCCGUAGCUGUGCCCGUUGACAGGCCUGUGCCCUACCCCGUGCCCCAUGCCGUGCCCUAUCCAGUGGUUAAACAGGUCGGAGUUCCAGUGCCAGCCCCCUACCCAGUCCCAGUGCCCAGGCCAGUCGCCGUCCCAGUCGCUCAGCCAGUAGCCGUCCCAGUAGCCGUCUCUAGCGGCGGUCUCGGCGGUAUCGGCGGUGGUAUCAGCAGCGGUAUCGGCGGUGGUAUCAGCAGCGGUAUCGGCGGUGGUAUCGGCAGCGGUUUCGGCGGCGGUUACGGAGGCAGUUACGGAGGCGGUUAUGGAGGCGGUUACAGUAGCUACAGCAGCGGUUACGGUCUCCACGGCGGUAUCAGCAGCGGCCACGGCAUCAUCAGCGGCGGUCACGGCAUCAUCAGCAGCGGCCACGGCAUCAUCAGCAGCGGCCACGGCAUCCACUAAACUAUCUCCUAGACUAGUAACAUUCGGUUGUCAGGGGCGGCGUGCUUGGGCGUUAUGAGGCAAGAGUAACUAAUGACCAUUGUAUUGUAAACUGUCUUGAUGUUUCAAUAGUUCACGUAUCAACACUUAGAUAUGUGCACACUGCACGUAAUCUUUUUGCAAAAGUGUCGGCACUUAUCUGUACUAAAUCGUGUAUUAACCUUACCCAUACUACGCUCGGAGCUUUUAAAUUUAAGACUGAUGAGUAAAACCGAAUAUCGACAAGGCAUUAGAGGCUAAAGUCACAAGUUGUGAUCUAGGUUAGGCAUUAAGCACAUGGGGGUAGGGUCGUGCAAUUUAGGUACAAAGCUUUGCUGCAAACCGGCUGUCUCAUGUAAGAAGAUCGCGACUCAGAACGGUACAAAUUAUAAUUGCUUGUCGCCAAAUUUUUGAGGUAAAUAGAUGCGUAGUUUUAUGCUCUUUAUUAUACCCACAAUUCUAUAUCACUAUAGUAUUUUGUCUGGGACACUUAAUUGUUUAACAAAUAGGUUUGUGUAUAAACAUGCUUUGUUGAACAAUUAAUUGUGGUCUUAAAACUUGAGUAAAUAUCAAAGCUUUAACAAGAUGUUACACGAAUGUUCGCUAAAUAUUAUAUAUUUGUAAAACGCUCGAUCUCUUUAGAAGAGCAAUCUAAGUACCUGGUUUUUGUACUUUUGUAUAUAGUAUUUCUAAUGUUUAGUUUUAAGCUUCAACAAUGAGUUUAUUUCGACCGCAGUCGGCUAAAAACUAUUACGAACCUUUUUCAUAAUAAAUGGUUGUAUGAAA